AUGGCAACAAAUAUGAAUAUUGAUCCAUGUGCAAAGCCGAGGUUACAACUAUGGAGUAUAAGCAGUGAACAACCAAAAAAACCACCAACCGUAGAGUAUGGGAAAGGAAAUGAUAAGAGAUUCACGAUUAGAGUUGUUCAUGGCAAAUAUUUUACCGAUUAUCCAGGUAAAUCUUAUGAAAAAACAAAAGUUCACUUUAUUACUUUUGUCAACAUCGAUUUGCUUAACAUGGAAUUGCUUGGUCGUUUUUCUAAAAGUUUGGGUUAUACAACUAUGGGUUACUGGUAUCAUAUGCCUACUAAGGAACAUUGUGGUUUGUCCAUGACUCUAAUUUUGGACGAUGAUGCUUUGGGAACAUUCAAAAUGAUGGUUAGGGCACACCAAUUUCGUGAGAUUGAACAUCUAUAUGUGGAACACAAGCCGAUAUAUGUGCCAAUCAAUUUCCCCAACUUCAUGAUGAACUCACCAUCCAAAAGAGUUGAGAAGCUUAUUAAUCUGUUUGUAACAGAACACCUAAUGGAAACAGUUCAUGAUGGAAUAGCAUACAUCAAGUAUACGCUAAACAUGACCAUUCCUAGAGGAAAGAUGGUAGAUGCAAUGGACAUGGCCAUGGAGAAUGUGACUGCAUGGCAAAACAUAGAGUAG